AUGCGUUUCUCCGGACUUUAUGCUGCGGGCCUGAUCGCACCUCUUGUGGCUGCUCACGGCGAUUUCCCCGUCCCGAAGAUCGUUGGCUUGGGACCGAGGGAUGCUGGAAAACUCAGGGCCAGGAACAUUCUUGGUGGACAUGCGGCACAUGCGCACGUCGCAGGACCCGAGCAUCGUUUGAAAGCUCGUCAAGGAGGUGCUGAUGGUCGAUGCGGACCGGAAAAUGGCGGUGCUAGCUGUGCUGAGGGAUAUUGCUGCUCUGUAGCAGGUUACUGUGGUCAAGGAAAUGACUAUUGCCAAGCGCCUGACUGCCAGUUCCAAUAUGGCCCAGCCUGCGAUGCCAAUCGGGUUCCAGCUGGAGGUAGCACUCGUAACAUCGCUCGUCCUAAGCUUGGCAACCAACCCUAUGGGGGAGAGGGUAUCUACGACUGCACUGAGCCGAACACGAUUGCUAUUACGUAUGACGAUGGUCCUUUUGUCUACACUGACGGUGUAUUGGAUCAGUUCAAGGCUGCUAAUGCAAAGGCGACUUUCUUCAUCACUGGAAUCAAUAUUGGCAAGGGCCCGAUUGACGAUGCGAGUCUGCCAUGGUCUGCUACCAUCCAGCGUAUGAUUGCCGAAGGACAUCAAGUGGCAAGUCAUACGUGGUCGCAUCAAGAUCUUAGCGCGAUCACCAAGGAACAACGGUACGAUCAAAUGGUUAAGAACGAGAUGGCAUUUGCAAACAUCAUGGGCAAAUUCCCCACGUACAUGCGCCCACCCUACUCCUCUUGCACGGCCGCAUCAGGCUGUCAGCAAGAUCUCGCGGAUCUAGGAUACGUUGUCUCGUACUUCGACUUGGACACCGAUGACUACAACAACGUCACCCCAGACAAGAUCCAAAACGCCAAAGACAGGGUGUUCAACGCUAUCAACCCCAGCAACCCCCAAGUCGACGCUUUCCAAGCCAUUGCCCAUGACAUUCACCAGCAGACAGCCCAGAACCUGACUGGCUAUAUGAUUCAAACGAUGCAGGCAAAGGGCUACAAGCUAGUCACUCUAGGUGAAUGUCUCGGUGAACCAGAAGCAAACUGGUACCGAAGUGCUGCGACCGGCCGUGUAGCGUCCUCGUCUUCAGCACCUGGAUCGACAGCAACAUCAUCUGGUACCGGCAGUGCUACAUCCAGUGGACCUGCUGCCACUCCCACGGCUGUCUCCACAGAUAGCACUUGCGGAGGUACAUCUGGCUUCACCUGUCUUGGUUUCGCCCAAGGCGAAUGCUGCUCUCAGUACGGAUACUGCGGUAACACGGACGGCCACUGUGGAACUGGCUGCCAGGCUGGGUUCGGCAAGUGCGGCAACUCUGCCUCUGCUUCUUCAGGUACCCCAUCCUCUGGAUCUGCCGCUGCAUCUACGGGUACUCGCACAUCUUCAUCUGCAUCAGCUCCGACUUCUGCGCCCAGCGGCCUCGUAGUCUCAAGUGACGGAUCCUGUGGCGCGGCCAAGGGCUUCACCUGCGCUGGAUUCGCGGAGGGAGAGUGUUGUUCGCAGUAUGGAUGGUGCGGCACCAGUGCUGACCACUGUGGAACGGGAUGCAACCCUCUGUUUGGCAAAUGCCCCGGCUCUGGUUCGUCUUCUGCUCCCGCGGCGUCGAGUGCGGCACCUGCACUUUCCUCCACCGCUCCCUCUACUGCGGCGACGAGCUCAACAGCACGCCCCACUAGCCUCAGCACAUCCACCCGUCCUGUCACUACUUCUAUCUCGACAAGCACUCGCGCGGGAACAAGCAGCACACGCACUUCCUCCGCCCCAGCGGCUACGUCAUCGGCAGCCAAGCUGAAGGUUAGCACAGAUCGUAGGUGUGGUGCGAGCAGCAAGUCGACGUGCAAAGGUUCGGCGUUUGGUAACUGCUGCAGUCGAUCCGGAACCUGUGGGUCGAGUUUGUUGUACUGUAUGAAGGCAUUGGGAUGCCAGUCGGGUUUUGGUGAUUGCCCGAGGUAG